AUGAGCAAUACCUUAAGAAUGGCAACGUUCUUGGACCCAAAAUUCAAACAUUAUGGUUUAACCAAAUCGUUAGGAGAUAAAACAAAAACAAAAGUAAUAAACGCAGUUGCACAACAUAUAAGAAAUAACUCAAAUAAUACUGAAACAUUACCUGCAGUUCCAGUUAAAGAAAGAGAUGAAUGUUGUAUUUGGAAUAAUUGUGAUUCAAUGACUUCAGUAAUAACACCUCAGAGAACAAAUACGUCAAAAGCGAUCAUUGAAGUAAUAGGUACAUUGAUGACAACAUAUUACCACGAACAAGUGAUUCGUUUAGUUGGUGGAGGGAUAACAGUUUCAAUUACCCUAAUUUAA